AUGCCCGCAGGGAAGGCAGCAGAGCAGCCCGCGGGUCCCUGCAGCCUCAAGAUCAGUCUGCUGGUGGUUGCCUGCCUCGUUUACCCCAUUGUGCUGGUGUCCUUCAAGCAGAUGACAGAUUGGAUCCACAAUUAUGCCAGGAACCUCAAGGAAAAGACAGAGGACCUGAAAAGGGAGAGGCGCCUGGCUGAGGACCUCCUGCACCAGAUGCUGCCAAAGUCUGUGGCCAAGCAGCUCAGGAAAUGCCAAAAAGUUGAGGCAGAAAACUAUGACCAGGUGACCAUCUUUUUCUCUGACAUCGUGGGCUUCACAAGCAUUGCUGCCUCCUGUACUCCCCUGCAAGUGGUGGAGAUGCUCAACAACCUCUACGUCUGCUUUGACACCAGGAUUGAGUCUUAUGAUGUGUACAAGGUGGAAACCAUUGGGGAUGCCUACAUGGUGGUGAGUGGCCUGCCAGAGAGGAAUGGCAGCAGACAUGCUGAUGAGAUUGCCAAGAUGUCCCUGGACCUGGUGGCAGCUGUGAGGCAGGUGGUGAUCCCUCACAUGCCACGGGGCAGGCUGGAGCUCAGGGCUGGGAUCCACACAGGAGCCUGUGUGGCUGGAGUGGUGGGCUACAAGAUGCCUCGUUACUGCCUCUUUGGGGACACUGUGAACACGGCCUCACGCAUGGAAUCCACCAGCCUGCCACAGAAGAUCCACAUCAGUUCUGCUACGUACGAAGCCCUUCUCACAGAUGAUGCCUAUGAAAUUGAGCUGAGAGGAGAAAUUGAAGUCAAGGGCAAAGGGAAAAUGAAAACCUACUGGCUCCUUGGGAACAAGAACUACAGUGUUCAAAAUGACAGCCUGGUGUGCCACUGGAACCCAGCAAUCUCCAAGAAAGAAAAGAUGGGAAGCAGCCAGGGAUCUGUCCAACAAGGGCUCCUCCUGGGCUCUUGA